CUGCGAGACUCAAGAAACCAGGCUUCAAAAAACGUACCAUAAAUUAUUGACAAACACACACCUUAUCCUGUACUCUAUAUAUUGGAAUAUAUUGACUCGGCCCGAAAACACCGAUAAAGUAUAAUACUAAACAAAUCUGCACAAUUUUCUUGCAAAAGAUGACUUCAGAAGUAUCUGGUCCCUCUGUGGAUACUGUUGAAAGUCUCAUGAAAGAGGCAGAAACCCUCAAAAUCAAAUUGGAGGAGGAAAGACAGAAAUUGAAUGAUGUUACAUUGGCGUCUGUUGCAGAGAGACUGGAGAUAAUAAACUACAUGAAUAUUAAACCUAGAAGGACAUUGAAAGGCCAUCAAGCAAAAGUCUUGUGUUCCGAUUGGUCUCCAGAUAAACGACACAUUGUCUCAUCAUCUCAGGAUGGUAAAAUGAUUAUAUGGGACGCUUACACGACUAAUAAGGAGCAUGCGGUGACAAUGCCCACGACGUGGGUGAUGGCGUGCGCGUACGCGCCUUCUGGGAAUCUGGUCGCUUGCGGCGGGUUGGACAAUAAGGUCACCGUCUAUCCUCUGAGCCUCGACGAGGAUGUCACCCUGCGCAAAAAGACCGUCGGUACUCACACCAGCUACAUGAGCUGUUGCAUCUUUCCCAAUUCCGAUCAGCAGAUUUUAACCGGAAGCGGGGACUCUACGUGCGCUCUUUGGGACGUGGAAUCUGGGCAACUUUUACAGAGUUUCCACGGUCAUUCCGCCGACGUGAUGACCAUCGAUCUGGCUCCCUCGGAAACAGGAAACACAUUCGUGUCUGGAAGCUGCGACAAGCUGGUUCUCAUCUGGGAUAUGCGUUCGGGCCAUUGCGUACAGUCCUUCGAGGGUCACGAAUCCGAUGUGAACAGCGUUAAAUUCCAUCCGAGUGGAGACGCCGUUGCAACGGGAAGUGACGAUUCCACGUGUAGGCUUUUCGAUCUGAGGGCCGAUAAGGAAGUUGCCACCUACAGCAAGGAGAGCAUCAUCUUCGGCGUGAAUUCAGUCGACUUUUCAGUUUCAGGUCGUUUGCUGUUCUCCGGUUACAAUGAUUACACCGUGAACGUCUGGGAUACUCUGAAAUGCGUGCGGGUGUGUCUUCUGUACGGGCACGAGAAUAGGGUGUCUUGUCUUCAGGUCAGCCCAGAUGGAACGGCCCUGUCGACGGGAUCAUGGGAUUCGACGUUGAGAGUUUGGGCAUAAAAGUUCCACGAUUUCAUUCAUAUAACUCAAGCAGAACCAAAUUGUAUCGAUUAGAUAGAGGAUCGUUUUAACGGAUGUG